CGAACACGACUAAAGGCCUUGAUUCUCGAACUUCUGAACCCUCCACUCGUUUCGAAGCGACCCUCGAACUUCUCCCACUAAGAGAGCCAGCUACUAUUCGUCAAACUAUCUCGACAAACAUACGCAAACAUGGCUGACUCGGACGGCGAGUACGCCUCCGACGAUGAGCUCAAGAGGAAUGGAAAGAGGACAGCGGAUGGGCGCAGCAAGCAAAGCAAGGCGUCCUGGGAAGAUGUAAAGCGCUCCUGGGAUACCGUCUUGGAAACAGCAGACAGCGGCCUCUCCAUCGCAGAGAUUCGGGAAGCCGAGAAGCGGCGUCGCCUUCUGCGCGACACGACACCUCUUCAGCGUGGAAUUAUCCGCCAUCUGAUGCUUGUGCUCGACAUGAGUUUCGCCAUGGCCGACAAAGAUCUGCUACCAAACCGUUACCGAGUCGUCCUAAAUAACGCCAUUGGCUUCGUACGCGAGUAUUUCGAGCAGAAUCCCAUCAGUCAGCUAGGCAUCGUGGGAAUGCGCGAUGGAAUUGCUGUGCGAAUAAGCGACCUGAGCGGGAAUCCGGCCGAGCACAUCGAAAACCAAACGCCGUCACAUGCCACGCGCGAAGUACUGAUAAUCUACGGUGCCCUCGUCUCGAUCGAUCCGGGCGACAUACACGACACCAUCAAUGACCUCGUAGCCGACCGCAUCCGCGUCUCGGUAGUUGGCCUCGCCGGCCAAGUCGCCAUCUGCAGCGAGCUUUGCAAGCGGACGAACAACCACGACGGCAACUACAGCGUCGCCGUAGACGAGGUGCACCUCAAGGAGCUCUUCUUCGCCGCCACCACUCCGCCCGUCACCCGCACGCCUGAGCAAAACACCGCCAGCCUGCUCAUGAUGGGCUUUCCCAGCCGCACGCUUGCUCCGAAAGACCAUGUCAGCUUCUGCGCCUGCCACGCGAAGCCCACGCGCGAGGGGUACACCUGUCCGCGCUGCGGAAUUAAAGUGUGCCGGCUGCCGAUCGACUGUCCGAUCUGCAAGCUGACGCUCAUCCAGAGCACGCACUUGGCGAGGUCGUACCAUCAUCUGUUCCCGCUCAAGGUGUUUGUGGAGGUUCCGUGGUCUCAGGCGUAUAGGUCGACGGCGUGCUACUCGUGCCUGACACCCUUUCCUGCUAGGCCAAGGGAUUCAGUGGCGGCAGCGCCAGCGGUGUUAGGAGGGAGAGCCGGAGCUAAAGGUAGCGGGAAACAACAGGACGGCGAGCAGAAAAAUCCAAAACCGGAACUCAAGGGUGUCAGCGAAAGCGGGCGGUAUGCUUGCCAGAGCGAUACGAGGGAUCUGGACAAGGAUACGGCAGUAGCAGUACCAGACGGCGGCCCUACCCCCAUGGUAAUGGAUUCCUAG